CGUUCCUUCUCCUCCCAUAACUAGGACUGUGCAGACCAUUCCUCCGCAGUUGAGUCUCACAACCUGGCAAGACUCCAACUCUCCUUAAAAAUGGCAAACCCUAGAGUUUUCUUCGACAUCACUAUUGGAGGUGCCCCCGCUGGCAGGAUUGAAAUGGUGCUGCGGGCUGAUGUGGUUCCAAAGACUGCUGAGAAUUUCCGGGCAUUGUGCACAGGAGAGAAGGGCUUUGGCUACAAAGGCUCCGGUUUUCAUCGUAUCAUUACCAACUUCAUGUGUCAGGGAGGGGAUUUUACCAAACAUAACGGAACAGGGGGCAAGUCCAUCUAUGGAGAGAAGUUUGCUGAUGAGAACUUUGUGCUGAAGCACACCGGUCCAGGUAUCCUGUCCAUGGCCAAUGCUGGUCCCAACACCAACGGCUCUCAGUUCUUCCUCUGCACCAAACCCACUGACUGGCUGGACAGCAAGCAUGUGGUUUUCGGCGAAGUGGUGGAAGGAAUGGAUGUUGUCAAGAAGAUGGAGAAAGAAGGCUCUAGCGGUGGCAAUGUCAAAACAAAAGUCAAUAUCGCAGAUUGUGGUCAACUUUAAAUGGGCCUUUGUGUAUUACCAUUCCCUUAACAUGAGCACUUAAAUCUGUAAACGUCCAUCCCGUUGAAUAUCCUGACAACUGUACCAUCUAAAGUAAAUAUUCAUUAAAAUACCAUUUAUUAUUCGGCCCUAUUAUGAGGCAAAUGUUUAUGACCUAUUUUCGUGUAGGAUACCCAAUAUGUGUAUCAUGUCUAUUAACUGUUGGAUGAAUGGUUACACCCCACAGAGUCAAUAAACAAGCAUGUGACCAAUUAAAAA